GGGCAGCGCAGUUAACACCAUGGGAGCGCUCUGAGCUGGCACACUGUCCAACACACUCCUGGACGUGCCACACACACAGGAGGAGCAGGGAGAGGACUUUUCGGAACUUAUCUAGAGUGGAUCCUUGGACUAUAGCUGGUCCAGGAUGAACUUUGCCGCCCAGUUCAUCUACGCCAACUACGCCGGUGAUGGAUCGCCCAGGAGAGUGGGAUUCAACGACAGUGAGAAUGACCCCUUCUGGCAGAGCGAGGAGCAGCGUCUUGGGCCAACUAAACAGGGCUGCUCCACCUCCUCCAAGAGUACCUGCAACAAGGACGCCCCCGUCUGUAACGGGGUUGCGGGCUGGCGGCCCACCCUCAUCCACCCAGAGCGCCUGAAGGACUUUGGUAUUGAGGAGGAGGAGUGCCUCAAUGGGGAAGUCAAAACGUUUGAGACCAAGGUGGUGGGCGCCCCUGAGAUCCAGCUAAUGGACCCACCCAAGACUAACAAGAAGAGAGGCAGCGAGCGCAAAGCAGUCCCACCACCCAAGCCUGAGUACCUCCGCUCCGAGGACAUCAGUGCUGCAGCCUUCAAAAUCCAGUCAGCGAUGCAGAAGACCCCUUGUACGUACUCCAGACUGUCCAAACAGUAUGGCAUGGAGAUCUUCCUAAAGAAGGAGCUCCUCCACUACACAGGCUCCGUAAAGGAGAGAGGCGUUUUAUACCUACUCACCUCCCUCAACCAGGAGCAGCAGAAGAAGGGGGUGAUCGUAGCUAAAGACUGUAGCUUCUCCAUGGCCGUGGCUCACCAUGCGGUGGAGUUGAGGAUCCCAGUGUUUGUCAUCAUGCCAGCCAGCUGUGCCCAGCCCCACCUCAGGGUGUACCGAGACUACGGCGCCAUGGUCAUCUCCUAUGGUAGUACCGCCAGGGACUCCCUGAACCACGCCCGCCACCUGGCCAAGGAGAACGGAUACCUCUGCCUGGAAGAGGAUGAUAGUGCUGUGUACUUAGCAGGGCUGGGCACAGUAGGCAUGGAGAUCUAUGAGCAGGUGCCCAAACUAGAUGCAGUCAUUGUGCCCACAGGUGGGCAGUGUAGUCUACUGGUCAGCACAGCAACAGCCAUCAAACACCUCAACUCACGCAUCACUGUCAUAGGAGUUGAACCAGAAGGAUUCCCGCUGCUACUACAGUCCCUCAAAACAGGCAGCCCAGUGGCUAGUGAACUUUACAACUUCCCCAACAGGAAGCUUUAUGGAGAUCUAUUUGAGCACUCACUGGGGACCCACACCUUCCAGCUGGCUAAGAAAUAUGUGGACAAAGUCGUUACUGUCAGAGAAGAGGACUCUCUGGUAGCCAUGCUGAGGUUUCAGGAGUUUGAACGCUCCACAGUGGACACAGAGGGAGCCAUGGGACUAGCGGCCAUCUUGGCUGGGCAACUACCAGAGCUAAAGGGCAAAAGGGUAGCUGUGGUGGUUAGCAGUGCUAACAUGGAGUUGGACCUGAUCAGACAGUGUGUUGACCGUGCCCUGGUUCUGGAUGACCGCGUCAGCAAGUUUACAGUGCAGCUGGGGAACUUUCCGGGGGACAUGGCCAAGCUACUGGACAUGCUGGCAAGAGAGGACAUCAAGCUGUUGGAUAUUUGCCACCGGAGGCACAGUGACAAAGGCGAUCUCUUCAAGGCCCAGGUGGAGUGUGUAGUGGAGACCAGGGAUAAGACACAGAGCACUCAGCUCCGCAGGAUACUUUCUGAGCGCUACCCAACACUACACUGGCUGUACCGGUGAUCAACACUUGUCAUGGCUCUCAAUCUGACCAUCCACACACACACAUGUACAGUACCAGACAAAAGUUUGGACACACCUACUCAUUCAAGGGUUUUUAUUUAUUUGUACUAUUUUCUACAUUGUAGAAUAAUAGUGAAUACAUCAAAACUAUGAAAUAACACAUGGAAUCAUGUAGUAACCAAAAAAGUGUUGUGUUGAAUGCCAAGAGUGUGCAAAGCUGUCAAGGCAAAGGGUGUUUACUUAAAUAAAUCAAAAUACAUUUUAGAUUUUUCAAACACUUUUUUGGUUACUACAUGAUUCCAAGUGUUAUUUCAUAGUUUUGAUGUCUUCACUAUUAUUCUACAAUGUAGAAAAUAGUAAAAAUAAAGAAUAACCCUUGAAUGAAUAGGUGUGUCCAAACUUUUGACUGGUACUGUAUGUACGCACAUGCACGUCACACCCACACUGAAACAGAAACUUUGUGAAUAUGUAUCCAAACUAACACAUAAUACAUGCAUUGAAAUCUUUGCUGCAGAGAGGAGAUAAAAUUAAAUAUGGAAAUACAUGGCAUUUACUGCAUAUUCUGUUAUUAGGGAGCUCAUGUGGUACUUUUAGGCCAGUAUCACGGACACAGAUUAAGCUCAGCUAGUCCUGGACUAAAAAUCUAUUUCAAUGGAGAUUCUCCAUUGAGCAUACUUUUUAGUCUGGAACUAGGCUUAAUCUGUGCCUCAAACAGGCCCGUUGAGUGUGAUAAUGAUUAACAUUGACAUUCCAGUGGGUCACGCCAGUGCAUAAGCUACUGUCCGACAGUCUACUCAUGGUUAGCCCCUAGUUAGGAGCUAGCGUUUUAAUGUGGUUUCUCCUUACAAACCACUACUGUUCCAUUGACAGAAAUAAUAACACAUUAAGUAUAUAGUAUUUUCAAUACACAUUGUUUUUGAAUUGUUGUACAUAUCUAUAUAACAACAGGGGCAGUGUCAAUCAUCACAAUUAUGUUCUGGAAAUAAAAGAUGAUGAUAAUGAUGUA